AUGGCUUCAAGGUGGAAAGAUGACAAAGUCUUGUUAAUAAUUGAUGAAGACCAAAAGUACUCGGAGGAGGAGUGGAAUCAGGUUGAGGUUAGGAGGCGUGAUGAUGGUUUGCGGCGUCGGGAGGAAGGAAAUAGUCAUGGGGAGAAGGGCAUGCGCAUGCACCUAGAUGGCAGCCGUAAGCCUUAUGUGCAUGCGGCCAUUAACACCAAUAAGGAGCUUCCUGACGAUCCUCAAUUUCGACGGUUUAAAGGUUUUGAGGUAUGUGGUAUGCUGGAAGAGGUGGUUGUUCCUAGUAGGCGUAAUGUUAAUGGGGAGCUCUAUGGUUUUGUGAGGUGUUCUAAUGUUCGUGAUGUUAGUAAAUUGUUGAAAGCAGUGAAUUAUGUUUGCUUUGAUAAUUUUAGAGUGAAGGAAGGGGUUGCUAGGUUUGAUAGGGCGGCUGCGAAGGAGGUGGAGAAGGUGGGUGAGGGAGCCAGAGAUUGUGUAGAGGAAAAGGGGGUUCUUGUGAAGGGUGUGGGUGAUGGGAAGAAGGUCGUCGGUGAGGGAGAAAAAAGAGUGACUGAGGGUGUAGUGCAAGAUGGGAAGAAGGUGGUUGGCGAGGGAGAAAAAAUAGUGAGCAUGGGGGUGGUGCAGGAUGGGAGAACGAGAGGGGGUGAGGGUGAAAAAAGUGUGAUAGUGGGAAAGGUGAAGGGGGGCGGAGGUGGAUAUGGUGGAGGAGAGAGUGGGAGCGAUGGGGGUGGUGAGGGUUGGGGAGGUGCGGGGCGUUACAGAAAUGGGAAGGAGGUUGGUGGUGGGAAGAAAGACAAGGGGAAUUUGGUUGGGGGACAAAUUCAUGUACGGUGA